UUCAACUUGGAUAAUGUGAUAGCAAUGUGGCACAACCAACUUCCUCUAGAGUCUUGUUGCAAAUUGGAAAUAUUAAAAAUAUCACAUUGCAAGAAACUGUUGAAUGUUUUUUCAUCCAAUAUCCUAAAAGGGUUACAAAGUUUGAAAUAUGUGGAAAUACAUGAUUGUGAUUCCAUAGAAGAGAUUUUUGAUCUACAGGGAGUAAAUUACAAGGAAAUUCAUGAUAUUGCAACCAUUCCAUUGGGAUCAUUGUCUUUAGAGAGGCUAAAUAGUUUGAAGAGUGUAUGGAAUAAGGAUCCUCAAGUACUUGUCUCCUUUCAAAACCUAUGGUCAUUAGGUAUGGCUAAUUGUCCUUGCUUGAAAUGCCUUUUUUCCGAAAAUAAUAGCAAAAGGCCUUGUGCAACUUAAUGUCCUUGGGAUAAGAAAAUGUGGAGUGGAGGAAAUUGUUGCAAACGAAAAUGGAGAUGAAACAAUGUCUUCAUUAUUCCCUAAACUAACCUGUCUCAUACUUGAAGAAUUAGACAAACUCAAAGGUUUCUCCCGAGGAAAAUGUAGUGCAAGAUGGUCACAUUUGAAAGAGCUAAUUAUGUGGAAAUGCGAUCAAGUGGAGACACUUUUUCAAGAAAUAGAUUCAAAAGGUUAUAUUGAUAGUCCAAUUCAACAACCUUUCUUCUGGUUGGAAAAGGAUGCAUUCCUUCAUUUGGAGCAAUUGAUCUUAAAGGGCUCCAAGAUGAAAAUAUGGCAAGGCCAAUUUUCAGGGGAGUCAUUUUGCAAGCUGAGACUUCUGAAGAUAAGAAAGUGUCACGACAUUUUGGUUGUGAUCCCCUCCAAUGUGCUUCCAAAGUUGCAUAAUCUAGAGGAACUUCAUGUGAGCAAGUGUAAUUCAGUGAAAGAGGUAUUCGAACUUGUUGAUAAGGAAUAUCAAGUUGAGACACUCCCAUGAUUAACUGAAAUGUUCCUAGAAGAUCUACCCUUGUUGACAUAUCUAUCUGGAUUGGGUCAAAUUUUUAAGAAUCUUCAUUCAGUAGAAGUACGUGGUUGUGGAAAUUUAAUUUAUUUGGUGACUUCCUCAAUGGCUAAAACAUUGGUGCAACUCAAAGUGCUUACCAUAGAAGAAUGCAAAUCGGUGGAAGAAAUAGUCAGAUAUGAGGAAGGUGAAGAACCAUAUGAUAUUGUUUUCUCCAAAUUACAAAGGUUGAGACUUGUUAACUUACAAAGUCUAAAAUGGUUCUGCUCAACUACAUGCAUCUUCAAAUUCCCAUCCUUGGAACAAUUUGAGGUGAAAGGAUGCCCUCAAAUGGAAGUUUUUUGUGAGACAGUCCCAAGUACACCAAGGGUAAAGAAAGUAGAAAUUGACAUGGAUGUGGAAGAGCAUUUUUUGGGGUAUGACGUCAAUACCAUCAUCCGUAAUACAGCUUUAGAGAAGUUUAAAAUUGUCAAGGUGACAUUUGAGAAGGAUCAUGAGGCUCUUGGGGCAACCACUCAAUCGCUUUUGAAGGAUUAUAAAGGUUGGGGUGAUGGAGAUAGUGAUGAUGAUGAUGAUGAGGUCAAUGACGAUGAUGAUGAUGAUGAUGAGGUCAAUGAAGAGGAGGAUGUGGAGAGGAAGACGAGGAUGAGGGAGAGGGAGAUAAAGAAGAGGAAGAGGGAGAUGAAGAAAUGGGAUAUAAAGAGGACGAAGAUGGAGAGGGAAAGAAAUAGGACUGAGAGGAUGUACUGGAGGAUGAGGACAAUGACAGACCACAACCAGGACGACUGA